AAGGAGGCCUGCCAUUGGUGGGAGCUGGAGUUGCUACUCCCAAGGAGGCUUCGGACGGAGGAGUAGGCCCCGCUGCGGGUUUCUAUGGCGGAAAGGUAGGUUACACCAUCAUGGAUGGAGGAGAAGGUAGUGCUGACUUAGUGAUCAACAAAAGGUUUGUGUCGGAGUCAGAGCUCGAAGAGCGACGUAAGCGGAGGCAGGAAGAAUGGGAGAAGGUCCGAAAACCUGAAGAUCCUGAAGAAUGUCCUGAGGAAGUAUAUGACCCCCGGUCGCUGUAUGAACGGCUUCAAGAGCAGAAGGACAAGAAGCAGCAGGAAUUUGAAGAGCAGUUCAAGUUCAAGAACAUGGUCAGGGGGCUGGACGAAGACGAGACCAAGUUCCUCGAUGAAGUUUCGCGGCAGCAAGUGCUGAUAGAAAAGCAGCGCCGAGAGGAAGACCUCAAAGAGCUGAAUGAGUACAGAAGCACUUUGGCCAAGGUGGGGGCCAGUGCGGACCUGAAGAAGGAGGCGGAGAAGAAGUUGGCGGUGAAACCUACAGAAAGCAAGGGCAAGUUCUCCCAGGCGAAGCUGUUGGCCGGAGCUGUGAAACAUCGAAGUUCUGAUGGUGCCAAUAGCGUAAAGAGACUGAAGCUGGAUCCAGAUCCGGACCACGACAAGGCAACAGAAACCCCGCCUUGCAUUCCUCUGGGCGGCAGCUCUAUGAGUGGCUCCACACUCCACUGCCCCUCGGCGGCCGUCUGCAUCGGGAUCCUGCCCGGCCUGGGCGCCUACUCUGGGAGUAGCGACUCCGAGUCCAGCUCCGACAGCGAGGGCACCAUCAACUCCACUGGAAAAAUCGUCUCCUCCGUCUUCCGCGGCAGCAACUUCUUUGACACCCCGCUGUAGGACUCUCUCCACCUCUUCGGAGCUUGGUUGGGACUUCUUUUAACAAGAAAUGUUUCCUUUGUCAUCCAGGUCCACCCUCCGCGCAGAUUGCUUCUCUCCUGUCCAUCCUUCCUUCCGAAUACCAAAAUAAUGUACGCAAAGCUGU